AUGUGUGGUAUCUUCGGUUACAUCAAUUAUCUCGUUGAGAGAGACCGUAAAUUCAUCCUGGAUACUUUGCUCAAUGGACUUUCAAGACUCGAGUACCGUGGUUAUGACUCGGCCGGACUUGCUAUUGACGGCAACAAGAAGAAAGAAGUGGCUGCCUACAAAGAAGUCGGAAAAGUUGCAAAGUUGAAGGAGCUUAUCAAUGAAUGCAAGCCGGACUUGACCAAGACUUUUGAGUCACACGCUGGUAUUGCUCACACACGCUGGGCUACCCACGGCACCCCUUCCCGCCAGAAUUGCCAUCCUCACAGGUCUGACCUGAAUUGGGAAUUCUCCAUCGUUCAUAAUGGAAUCAUCACCAACUACAAAGAACUCAGAGCUCUACUGGAGAGCAAGGGCUUCCGUUUCGAGACAGAAACUGAUACCGAGUGCAUUGCUAAGCUGACCAAGUAUCUGUUCGACCAGCAGCCGGAUAUUGACUUCACCGUCCUCGCAAAGGCCGUCGUGAAGGAACUCGAAGGUGCCUUUGGUCUCCUUAUCAAGUCUGUGCAUUUCCCUCAUGAAGUCAUUGCGGCUCGCAAGGGAUCGCCUUUGGUUAUCGGUGUGCGAACUUCGAAGAAGAUGAAGGUGGACUUCGUCGAUGUCGAGUACUCGGAAGAUAAGCCCCUUCCUGCGGAACAGGCAUCGCAGAAUGUAGCCAUCAAGAAUUCUGCCACGGGUCUUCUUGCUCCUCCCGACAAAUCGCUGCUGCACCGGUCUCAGUCUCGUGCUUUCCUCUCCGAUGAUGGUGUUCCUCAGCCCGCAGAAUUUUUCCUGUCUUCUGACCCUUCUGCGAUCGUCGAGCACACGAAGAAGGUCCUUUACCUCGAAGACGAUGACAUCGCCCACGUUCACGAGGGUCAGCUGAACAUUCAUCGUCUAACCAAGGAUGAUGGCACUUCCAAUGUUCGCGCCAUCCAGACCAUUGAGCUCGAACUGCAGGAAAUUAUGAAAGGCGCGUUUGACCAUUUCAUGCAAAAAGAAAUUUUCGAACAGCCCGAGUCCAUUGUGAACACCAUGAGAGGACGUUUGGAUGUUGCCAACAAGCAGGUGACACUUGGUGGCCUCCGGCAGUACAUUUCAACUAUCCGCCGUUGUCGGAGAAUUAUUUUUGUUGCCUGUGGAACCAGUUACCAUUCAUGCAUGGCCGUGCGUGGUGUUUUUGAAGAACUCACCGAGAUUCCAAUUUCCGUAGAAUUGGCUUCCGACUUUUUGGACAGACAAGCACCGGUCUUCCGUGAUGACACCUGCGUGUUCGUCUCCCAGUCCGGAGAGACCGCAGACUCCCUCAUGGCCCUUCGCUACUGUCUGGAACGAGGCGCCUUGACGGUUGGAAUUGUCAACGUUGUCGGAUCUUCUAUCUCCCUCCUGACACACUGCGGUGUUCACAUCAACGCUGGUCCUGAGAUCGGUGUGGCGUCCACAAAGGCGUAUACAUCGCAGUUUGUGGCCAUGAUCAUGUUUGCUCUUUCUCUCAGCGAGGAUCGCGCCUCGAAACAGAAGAGACGAGAGGAGAUUAUUGAAUGCCUCGCCAAGGUUUCGGAGCAGUUCAAGGAGAUCUUGAAGCUCAACGAACCCAUCAAGCAAAUGUGCGCCAAAUUCUUCAAACACCAAAAGAGCUUGCUUUUGCUGGGACGAGGCAGCCAGUUCCCAACAGCCCUCGAAGGAGCUCUUAAGAUUAAGGAAAUCUCUUACCUCCACUGUGAGGCCGUCAUGUCGGGUGAGCUGAAGCAUGGUGUUCUCGCCCUUGUGGAUGAGAACCUACCCAUCAUCAUGAUUCUCACGCGUGACAACCUUUUCUCGAAGUCUCUGAACGCGUAUCAACAAGUCAUUGCCCGCAGUGGUCGUCCUAUUGUCAUUUGCAACCACGAUGACCCCGAGUUCUCUUCAGCCCAAACAGAGAAGAUCGAGGUUCCAAAGACUGUCGAUUGUCUUCAGGGUCUUCUCAAUGUUAUCCCGCUGCAGCUCGUUGCUUAUUGGCUCGCCGUCGGGGAGGGUCUCAAUGUCGAUUUCCCUCGCAAUCUGGCCAAGUCAGUUACCGUGGAGUAA